AUGAUUGUUCUCAAAUGGCUAUUCCUCACAAUUGCUCCUUGUGAUGCAGCGGAACCAUGGCAAUUAGGAUCUCAAGACGCAGCAACACCUAUGAUGCAAGGAAUAAUAGACUUACAUCACGAUAUCUUUUUCUUCCUCAUUCUUCUUUUUGUUUUCGUAUCACGGAUCUUGGUUCGCGCUUUAUGGCAUUUCCACUAUAAACAAAAUCAAAUACCGCAAAGGAUUGUUCAUGGAACUACUAUCGAGAUUCUUUGGACCAUUUUUCCUAGUAUCAUUCCGAUGUUCAUUGCUAUACCAUCCUUUGCUCUCUUAUACUCAAUGGACGAGGUAGUAGUAGAUCCAGCCAUGACUAUCAAAGCUAUUGGACAUCAAUGGUAUCGGACUUAUGAGUAUUCUGACUAUAACAGUUCCGAUGAAGAGUCACUCACUUUUGACAGUUAUACGAUUCCAGAAGAUGAUCUAGAAUUGGGUCAAUCACGUUUAUUAGAAGUGGACAAUAGAGUGGUUCUACCAGCCAAAACUCAUCUACGUAUUAUUGUAACACCUGCUGAUGUACCUCAUAGUUGGGCUGUACCUUCCUCAGGUGUCAAAUGUGAUGCUGUACCUGGUCGUUUAAAUCAGAUCUCCAUUUUGGUACAACGAGAAGGAGUUUACUAUGGUCAGUGCAGUGAGAUUUGUGGAACUAAUCAUGCCUUUACGCCUAUCGUCGUAGAAGCAGUUCCUAGGAAAGAUUAUGGUUCUCGGGUAUCCAAUCAAUUAAUCCCCAAAACCGGGGAAGCUUAA